AAUGUUAUGGAAGGUUUGCUCUCGAUUCUUUUCUACGGUGACCUCGACCAAUCAGAGUCUAGUUAUGGGAAAAGCCCUGCAUUCGAACCCAUUGUUUGGAAGCAUAUUAAAGUCUACUUUCUACAGAAAAACUAGAAAGGAUAAAAACCUCUACUAGACUUGCUGCAAAGCUGAAGGAAUAUAUAAUAUCAGGGACAGAUUGCAGGCUGUAUUCAAGUCGUUUCCAUCACCGUUCAACAUGUUAUCAGUGGUUCCUAACACAAGCCCAAAUGUUGGUAGCACGUUACCUCUACUGGAUAUCAGUGAUGAUAAUACUGGAGCUACUUCGACAUUGGAUGAUAGACAGUCCUUCGAAGAUGUAGCGAACGCCGAAAUAGCAGCCCUAAUCAUUGCAGCGUUUACACCAUUUGACCAAGAUCUGUCCGCGACUGGGCAUAACCAUUCUCCUAAUACAAAUCAAAAUAACAACAAUUUGAAUCUUUUAACUGAGAUCCCUUACUCCAGUGGGAAUGAUGUUAUACCACGAAAAGAAAUCAAUCAAUCUCCAUUGAAUUGUGACCCACUUUUGCCUGUGCUGGACUUCGAUGAUGUGUUCAAAAAAGAUCUACAAUUAGAAGACGAAUGGGGUGGAGACCCUCCGAACAAGCUUCGAUCUUGGCCAAGCAACUCUAGCAUCUCGUCCGGGUACUCUUCAGAUACCCCAGGUGGAGGGGGACCUAAUCCAGAAGAACUUUCGUUAUCACAUGUAACAGAACUGGCCUCUUAUGAUGCUCUUGGUCCCACAGGUGUUACCGAUGAUCUAAGCCAGGCUAGUGCAGAAUGGCAGUAUUUAUCUCCCUUACAAUGGACUAAACACCAACUUCAUGGGUUUCUUCAAUGGGUGUGGCAGGUUUAUGAACUAACGCCUGAUAUUGAUGUGAACGACUUCGACUUUUGUGGAUCUGAGUUGGUGGCUUUGUCUAGAGAAGAACUGCUACAGAAAUCUGAAUAUGGAGAUCUUGUUUAUGAAAUUAUUAACUGGUGGCUCUGUGGGUCAAGUCCCGUUGUCUUCCGUGAAGGCUAUUAUCAAGAUACCUCAAGUUUUGCAAUGCAAAACACGUUGUCAGCUCCAGCACAUUUUUCUACAUUAGAAGAAUCAGCGGCGCUCAAAGAGUCUGCUAGUAAUGGUGACUCUAAUUCCGUCACAAGUUCAUCGGAUGCGAGAUUUGAUGAACCCAAAAAUCAAUCCAACGAUUGUACCUGUCCACAGCAGGCAGAAGCGGAUCUCAAAGGCCUUCCUGUCUCUCCCCCAGCGUCUACUCCAUCAGCUGUAACCAAUGGUUUUACGACUAUCUGCAGCCCAAUGUCUCCUUCGUUUACUGGUUCACGUAUCUGGUCACCAACUAGCUUCCAACCGUCAGGUCUUCUUUUGCCACGUCAUACCAUGUUUCCAGUGCGUGAUGGUCUCCCCCCUGUACCACCUUUGAUACCUUCACCCAACAGCCCUGGUGCACCCGUUAAGUUCGUUCAUUAUAAACAGACUAUCAGCCCAACCAAGACGUUCUCUCGCGGUGAUACCGACACGCCAAUGAAGCCAAUAGAAAGGGAUGCUGGAGUGGCAAUCAGGAAGAGAGGGCACUCACCAAAUAAGAACCACUUUAAUUUUGAAACCAGCGAAACCGCUGCCAAGAAACGAGCAUUUGCGCACGACACCUGCGACAGAAGUGAUACUACAGCCCCUCAAGAAAACUCUGAAUUGAAUUACGCUGGAGCACAAAGGGCAAUUGUUCAGAAUGGUACGCAUUCAUCAAAGGAGGCAGCAGUUCGUUUAUCACGAAGAGACCCUGUUAUCCCAUCACGACUUAGCGACUAUGAAAUGCCACAUAUCAAAACUGCGCAUCAAAAAGUCACUCGCGUUAUGAAGAAUCAAGAUACAACGAUACCCGUGAUUAAGUACAGCAAAGCAAACAAAAAUGGUCACCAUGACAACAAGAACGGUUUCUUGGAAGUGAAAAAAGAACCAUUUAAACCAACUGUUAACAGAACUGUUCCUGGCAACAACCUUACCCCAACGACUUUAUCUCCUAAAUCAAGUGAUGAAGACAGUGCGCUCUCUCCGCUUUCACCAACCUCACCCUACCAACCUGGAUAUUCGUCUCCAGCUACUGAACGAACGAGACGAACAAGCUCUAGUUCUACUGAUUCUGGUACUGAAGAACCUGGCGAAGAUGGCACAGAUAUAUUAAAAUCACCAUCUGCUGUAAAGAAGCCUGGAAGAAGAAAACAAACCCGUUCGCUGCAUCUGUGGGAAUUUCUGAAGGAACUAUUGGAGAACGAAGAAACUUGCCCACGUUACAUCACGUGGAUAUCACGUGAAGAAGGUGUGUUCCGAUUGGUUAACUCGGGUGCUGUUGCUAAGCUAUGGGGUCAGAGAAAGAACCGACGCAACAUGAACUACGAGAAAAUGAGCCGAGCUUUGAGGUACUAUUACGAGAGGCACAUUUUAGAGAGGGUGCCAGGCCAAAGGCUGAUUUACAAGUUUGCCCCAGACACGAUGAAGGACUGUAACUUUAGUUUCAUGAAAAAAACUUAGACAGAAUAAUACAGAAUAACGAAUACUGUAAUCUCUAUCCAUACAAAUUACUUCUAUGAAGUCAUAAUCUUUUGUAACUCUAUUUUUGUACAUAUCUACGAGGGUUUUUCUUGUUCUUGAGUUUUGAUGCGUUUCCUAGGCAACACGCAGUUUCUAACUUAAAGAAGAAGAAAACUAACAAAUCAGCUAUUUUUUAUUCGACAUUUUUUUGUAUUACAAAUUCAUUGACCAGUUGCUGAAAGAAUCUUUGAUAAAAGAUGUGUUCAAUUGUGGUAUGUAAUCCUACUUUAUGCAUCGUAUUUUUGGGGUUUGACACAUAUCAGAGUAAAACCAUCUUAAAGGUAAUGUAGAGACUUUAUUGAUUGACAUGGUGACGUUAAAGGUUAAUAUUACUUACUUUCUUUUCGUUUUAAAAAUUCGUUAUAAUUAUCAACGAUAGUUUAUGUUUAAUUGGUUUAUUUCAUUAUCGUCUUUAGUUUCGGUGUUUUUUGCUUAUGUCCAAUUCAUACUGACCACCUCUCACUUCAAGCCUAAUGUCAUCAGAUUUGCUUCAAUAGAACAGGUUUGAACAGCCUGGCUUGUAAGAUGAUUGGCAGAAACUCAUUUUCCCAAUCGCACGCGCGAAAUUGUACGAUUUGCCUUUGCGACAAAGGAGAAGUUUUGGUGGACGUCAAUCAUUAAGAGGUUUUCACGAUACUACAGCUCUUGUACAAUUUCGCGCGUGUGAUCAGGAAGCGCUGUAUAGACAUUUUCAUAGUCUAUGAUAGUGUUAGCUGCACAGAGUACAUCAACAUGUGUACUCAGUGAUAGUAAAGGUAGACGGUGGUAGGCAAAGCAUCCAUGCAUGUAAUAGUAUAUGAUAGGGAACAUAAUAAGCUUUUAAAAGCUGUGCCAAAACAAGAAAAAAAUAAGCAAAGUGAUUGCAUGUUUUAUAAAUUAGUGUAAAUAACCAGUACGUAUUUUUGAUAACAGUAAUGAUAAUAAAGUUCAAAUUUAUAAACACCAA